CUGGCCGGCGUUACAUUCUUUAACGUGUAAGACUAUUUCGUAUUUGUACACCUAUAUAUAUAUUUGGUGCUCAUCAUUCUAAUUGUUUUCUUCCUAUCACUAUUCUCUCUUUCUCAAAAGCAUUAAUGGUUUCAAUGGUUUUUUUAUCAAAAGUCAUAUUAUUAGCAUUAGCAAUAGGCGCAUUAUGUGUUUCUCCUUCAUUAUCUUUUUCUAGGCGAGCUUUAAAAGAACACCAGAAUGUGAAAACUACUGGUUUCAGGGUCAGCCUUAAACAUGUAGAUUCCGGCAAGAACUUAACCAUGUUUCAGCGUAUCAAACGUGGAAUGAAGCGUGGGCAAUACCGGUUGCAAAGACUCAGCGGUAUGGCUUUGGCGGCUUCAGAUUCUCAAAUUGAAGCCCCUAUUCAUGCCGGCAACGGUGAGUUUCUUAUGGAGUUAUCAAUCGGUACUCCCCCACAAAGUUACCAUGCAAUCUUGGAUACUGGAAGUGAUUUGAUAUGGACUCAAUGCAAGCCUUGUACUGAGUGUUAUGAUCAGCCUACUCCAAUUUUUGAUCCCAAAAAGUCAUCUUCUUUCGCUAAGAUUUCUUGCUCUGACUCCCUCUGUGAAGCUUUACCUCAAUCAACAUGCAACGAUGGAUGUGAAUAUCUCUACACAUAUGGUGAUUAUUCUUCUACGCAAGGAAUUAUGGGCGCUGAAACAUUCACGUUCGGUAAGGUUUCAGUUCCCAAAAUUAGGUUCGGUUGUGGAGAAGACAAUGAAGGAAGUGGGUUCAGCCAAGGUGCAGGUCUGGUGGGGCUUGGUCGUGGACCUUUAUCUCUAGUUUCACAAUUAAAAGAAGCAAAAUUCUCUUACUGCCUUAUUUCAAUUGAUGACCAAAAAACCAGUACACUUUUGAUGGGAUCCUUAGCAAGUGUGAAUACCACAUCGAAUACAAUCAAAACAACCCCUUUAAUCAAAAACUCAUUACAGCCAGCUUUUUAUUAUCUUUCUCUUGAAGGGAUAUCCGUCGGUGGCACUCGCUUACCAAUCAAGAAAUCUACUUUUGCACUCCAAGAUGAUGGCAAUGGUGGCUUAAUAAUUGAUUCUGGCACAACGAUAACGUAUUUAGAAGAGAGUGCUUUUGAUUUGGUUAAAAAAGCUUUUAUUUCUAAAACAAAACUUUCAGUGGAUAAUUCAGGAUCAACAGGGCUUGAUCUUUGCUUCACUUUGCCAUCAGAUUCAACAAAUGUAGAGGUACCUACGUUGGUAUUUCAUUUCGAAGGAGCUGAUUUAGAUUUGCCAAGUGAAAACUAUAUGGUUGGUGAUUCAAGUACGGGUUUGGUUUGCUUGGCGAUGGGGAGUUCCAGUGGUAUGUCAAUCUUUGGAAAUGUACAACAGCAAAACAUAUUGGUGCUACAUGAUCUUCAGAAAGAAACCUUAUCAUUUCUUCCUACACAAUGCGAUCAGCUAUAAGCUAAUUAUAAUCUGUAUGCCAUUUUAUGAGUGUGUUUGUUUGCUUUCACUGAUGAUAAUAUAUAAUAGAAAUUUUAUUUGUUUUAGUGAUACCA